AUGGGCAACAGUUGUGAAAUUGUUGAAUAUAAUGUUGAAGUGCUUCAACGUUAUGAACAUGAAAAAGAGAGAGUUGUGAGUGAUGGACUUGAAAAGUUUAAGGAAUUAGAAAUGGGUAUGACCUUUAAGACUAUUGAAGAACCUAGGCAGGAUGGAAAAUCAGCAACAUUUAAGGUUAAAACAUUGAUGCCUAAGCAUACUUGUGGUGAUUCUUUUGUUAAUCCAUUGGAAACUUAUCAUACCUUGGCUGUUUAUUUUAAGGAUGAAGUUCUAAACAAUCCAAAAUACCCUAUCAAAGACAUGAGAGGAAUUCUUGAAAAAAAAUUCAAGUUGAAUGUCUUAAGAUCCAAACUAAAAAGAGCCAAAACAAUGGCUCUUGAUAAGUUGGAAGGCAGUUUCAAAGAUGACUACAAUAGGCUUGAAGCUUAUGGUCAAGAACUUAGACAAUCAAAACCAGGAUCUGAUGUGGUAAUUAAUAUCUCUAAAGAUGCACUUGAACAAGGCAUAAGAAGGUUUUUGAGAAUGUACAUUUGCUUCAAGGCUUUGAAGGAUGGAUGGAAAAGUUUGAGACCUAUAAUUGGUUUAGAUGGAACAUUUCUCAAAGGAAAAUGCAAGGGGCAACUAUUAGUAGUUGUUGGGCAAGACUCAAUGAAUCAUUUUUACCCAAUAGCUUGGGCAGUGGUGGAAAAGGAAAACACAGGAACAUGGACAUGGUUUAUUCAGUUGUUGAGGAUUUCGUUGGAGUUGAAAAAUGGUGAAAUUGUGACAUUUAUGUCUGAUAUGCAAAAGGGCCUGUUCGAUGUUGUAGCUAAUGUUGUUCCAGAAGCACACCAUAGGCUUUGUGUGAGGCAUAUAGAAUCUAACUGGUGCAAGAAAUGGCGGAGUGGUGAAGAGAAAAAAUUGAUGUGGUGGUGUGCAUGGAGUACCUAUGAAGAAGAAUUCAAAGACACUUUGAAGGUGUUAGGAAAGGUGGAUGAAGAUUCAGCUAGUGAUCUUCUUCAUUUUCCUAAAAAACCAAUCAUUAAAAUGUUGGAGGAAAUUAGAGUGAAGGUGAUGAAUAUGUUGGUGAAAAAUGAAAAAAUGGGCAGAAAAUGGCAAAAUGAUAUCAGUCCAACGGUUAUGAAAUUGUACAAUGACUAUCGAUUAAUGGCUACCAAUGGUACAGUUGAGUUCAAUGGAGAUUAUGGUUAUGAAGUGAAAGAUGGAGACACGGACACACAUACAGUGAAUUUGGAGUUGAAGAAAUGCAUUUGUAGAUUAUGGGACUUGGGUGGAAUACCGUGUCACCAUACCAUCAAGGCAAUUUUGCAUAAAAAAACUGAACCAUUGGAAGAGCACAAGUUGCAACCAGUUAGGGGUUCUCAAUUCUGGAAAAUCGACCAUGCUCAAGCAAUGGAACCUCCGAAAAUGGUAAAACUUGUUGGCAGACCCAAGAUGAAAAGAAAUAAAGAAACUGAUGAGGCAAGUUUGAGAAAGGGGGCAUGGAAGCAGUCAAGAAAAGGAACUCUAAUGAGAUGCAACAAAUGUGGUGAUUUCAAUCACAAUGCUAAGGGAUGUUAUAAGACAAAACAGUCGACUGCCUAUGGUCCUAAGAUCGGGAAUGAUGAAGAUCCAGCAUUGCGACCAAUGGUAAUUUUUGAGACAGAAACAAGGAUGGAAAAGAGGUCUCGAAUAUUUGAAGGAAUAGGAAGCAGGAAGAUUGUUUUUUAA